GGUCACAAAAAAUCUAGGCCAUUUGAACAUUGCUCCUCGUUAGAAUUUUUCAAUUUUUGCAAAAAUAAAACUUUUUAUGGUUAUAAGGAUUUUUUGAGAAGAUUGAACCAUAAGUUCCAAGUGAGCACCUGCACCAGACCUCAAGCUCGAUGAUUCCAUGAUAUCAAAACCUUGGGAAAUCGUGUACAUAUAAAGGACAUGUUAGCAGAUUCAAAAUUGAUUUUUAUUAGCAUAAAGGAAUAUCAGGUAUACAGAAUGGUUACAUUGAUUAGUGCUGAACAAGUAUAGAGAGACGAAGAAGACUGUUCACGCACCACCCACCUACAUCUUUGUUCUCCAUGUGCUUUUUUGCCAAUGCCAUGUAUGCUAAAUCCCACAUGGAUUGACUUAAGAUGUGAAGACUGAAGAGCCCACACGAUUUAGAACAGAUCUAAUACUGCAUCAAAGAAUAACUCGGACAAUAAAUCAAGAACAACAUGUUUGGUGGUUACACUGAUAUUGCCCAGUUCUACUGGGAGAGUGAAGACACAGAGAAAGACCUUCCCCAUGAGCUUCUUCCAAACUAUGACACACCAGAUCCUUGGAGUCUGAAACCAACGAUAGAACAUGACUUUAUUCUAAUGGCUGAGUUCUCAGAGUUGGAGGGACCAAAACCUUUGAUUACAGUGCCAUCUGACUGUGGGACAACUUUAGAUUUGAAUGCCUUUGUGGUGAGAGUAAUGUCAACAGACUAUCAAACCACACCUCAAACAUCAGGUCAUUUUACAAUAAUGGAGGACACAUCAGUGGUGAUGAAUGAUUCAAAAUUUGGCAUAUCUGCAUUUGCAUAUCAUUUUACUCUGUAUGAUACUGAAGCACGGGGAUUUGUGCGGCCAUUUUGUAUGUGCUACGUCACUGCUGACCACAGAAAAAUUAUGCCUUUCUACAAAGAAAUGUCAGAUGAAUUGAAAAAGGUGUCUAGAUACUUGAAGUAUGGAAACUUGAUGCUGUUUUUACAUGACUUGCAGUGUUUGCUGGCUGACCUGAAUUACACAAAGGAGAAGUAUGUGGAGUGGGAACGAGAGCAGAAUGAGAAAGCAGAGGGAGAGAAACACAGCUCAACAGAUGGCGCUAGUGUCUCUGAAGAAGACCGUCUUUUUUCCGCCACAAGUCUUGCCAAUAUUUGUAAUAUAAUGCUCGAAACAGAGGCCAUAUUGGACAAAGUAAAACCACUUUUAAACGACAGUAGACUAGAAAAGAAGUUCAAUAGGCUAGAGGAGAAGGCUUUGGGACGGGACCAGGAAUUGACAGCGAAUUCUCACGAAUCAGGAAGUCUCAAUGAAAACCUAACAGAUGAUUAUGCCGCACCAUGUAAGAAAUCUGGUUCAUUCUCAGACCUUCAUGCCAUACUACAUCCUUUACAGAAGUUAGAUACGUAUAAGCCUAAACUGAUGAAAUGCUCAAAUCGUAGGGUGUUUGAUACAUCAUUGAGGAAUCUACAUGGUCUUUGCAAUUGGGGAGCUAAGGAAGGGCUCAACAGACUCCGCAGUGUUCACAAGUAUUUUAGACGAGAUCUCUCAACAUUACAAAUAGAAAGAGACCAAUCCAAACUUACUCAACCACCCAGUACUUUACUCUCUAUAGGCAACUGUGUUAACAUCAACUACCUUCAUGGAAUCGACUUACAGUCUGAUGAAAAAUGUUUAGACAAAAAUCGCAAUUCUGCUGCAAACAGCAUCAACCAUCCGACAACAAACCUACUACGAAGAUGGCUCUCCGAUGAAACUUUGGCGAGUUAUAAAUCAACCGAGUCGUUUCUGUCAUUUAGUGGAGGGACACCUGACAGUAUAUAUGUCACACCUAACACACCUGGAACCUCUAAUCCAAGGUCACAUCUGGAACCAGCCUUUGUAAUGGGGAGUGCAUAUUUAGGUCAAACACCAAGUUCACAACAAAACACUAUAGGCAGCUUUGAAAAUAUUCCAUCCUUUAGUCAUUCCCAUAAUGCACCAGUGCCCCAGCAGAUGUCUCAUAGUAUUGAUGCUGCAGGCAGUAUCAAUUCAGACUUCAGUGAUAUUUCAGCCACAGAAUCCAAUAUAGAUGUCUCCGAACAUGGGUCAAGUCAAGACCAGAAUGAGGCUACUGAUGACCUUGACAUCAAUGACCUUGACCUUAAACGAACAAAAGUGAUAAUAAGUGCUGCCGACCACAUCAGUCAGUUUAACCCACAAUCAAUUGGUUAUGGUAUUCUAGAAUUUGCGCAUAAGUACACGUUGUUUAGCCCCCACUUGCUGUAUAGUCUACUCAGUGGCCACACCACUGUUGUCAUAGGAAAUGCUAGUCAUGAGAGAGAGGUCACUGCAAUAGUCCGUGCUCUACAUAUCUUUGUCCCUGGUCAUUCCUUUGAUGCAGUUGUACCAUGGAGAACAAAACCAAUCAAAAUGGCUGACAUUGCACAGUUGAAACUUGUGGGACUGUGUCGUCCUCGGGGACGUCGUGUAGAAUACAUGGUGCCUCCAUCUAUACAAGAAGUAAAUGCAAAGUGGAUAGAUAUUCCUGGAGCAUGCUUGUAUAUGGACAACAUAGAAAUCCUUAAGCCUGUUGAUACUAUGGAUGCAUGUAAGAAGCUUUGCGAAGAUGAGUCAGAAUUUACAUGCAUGUCCGUUGACUACAAUGCUGGAGCCAAACAGUGUCAAUUGCAGGAGAAAUACUCAGUAAAUGGCCAAAUGAGUGACCCUUGCCAUGCUGGACCUGCAUGGAGCUAUGCUGAGAUUUCUGUUGAAGGGACAAUAGAUAUUUCUGUAGAUAAUGGAUAUGAUUUGUUUGUGGAUGGGGUCAAGUUAGGAUCUGCCAAGGAUUGGAGAAAUGCAGAGCGAUACACAAUUGACUAUCCACAGAAUGCGCAAGUGAUUGCCGUUAAAGGGAUGGACUGGGGAGUUGCAGCUGGAAUAAUCCUCUCUUUCCGUUAUGGUGAUGUCCUUGUUAAUACUGACAGUAGCUGGAAGUGUACGGCUGAAUCUGUAGACGCAUCAUGGAAUCAACCUGGAUUUGAUGAUAGUACAUGGCCUGAAGCAAAAGAAUAUAGUACAAACCGUGAUGACACCUAUGUGAAGUUGAAGAAUGGGCAGCCUUGGUGGCCCCUAAUUGACCCAGCAGCAAUAAUUAUUUGGACUGGCAAUGGCAUUAAAGAUAGUGAAGUUUAUUGCAGAAAAACUUUGAAAGCCCCAGCUCCAUCUCCAAAUGCAAAGUGGAUAGAUAUUCCUGGAGCAUGCUUGUAUAUGGACAACAUAGAAAUCCUUAAGCCUGUUGAUACUAUGGAUGCAUGUAAGAUACUUUGCGAGGAUGAGUCAGAAUUUACAUGCAUGUCCAUUGACUACAAUGCUGGAGCCAAACAGUGUCAAUUGCAGGAGAAAUACUCAAGAAAUGGCCAAAUGAGUGACCCUUGCCAUGCAGGGCCUGCAUGGAGCUAUGCUGAGAUUUCUGUUGAAGGAACCAUUGAUAUUGCUGCUGAUGAUGCAUAUGAUCUGUUUGUGGAUGGGGUUCAAUUAGGAUCUGCAAAGAACUGGAGAAAGGCAGAACAAUACACAUUUGACUCUGCACAGAGUGUACAAGUGAUUGCUGUUAAAGGUAUGGACUUAUAUACGGUUGUAUCUGGGAUAAUUCUCUCCUUCCGAUAUGACGAUGUACUUGUCAAUACAGAUAGCAGCUGGAAAUGUUUCUUUGGAACUGUUGAUCCAACAUGGAAUCAACCUGGAUUUGAUGAUAGUAAUUGGCCCGCAGCAAUAGAAUACAGUACAAACCGUGAUGACUCAUAUGUGAAGUUAAACAAAGAAGGACAGCCUUGGUGGCCUCUUGUUGACCAAGCAGCAAGAAUGAUUUGGACCAGCAAUGGCUAUAAAGACAGCACAGUUUAUUGCAGGAAAAAUUUAAAAGCUCCAGCACCAUCUCCAAAGAAAGACUGGGUGGAUAUACCAGGUGCUUGUUUAUAUAUGAACAAUAAACGAAUCAUUAAGUCUGUUGAUACUAUGGACGCAUGUAAGAUACUUUGCGAAGAUGAGUCAGAAUUUACAUGCAUGUCCGUUGACUACAAUGCUGGAGCCAAACAGUGUCAAUUGCAGGAGAAAUACUCUGGAAAUAACCCAAUCAAUGACCCUUGCCAUGCAGGGCCUGCAUGGAGCUAUACUGAGAUUUCUGUUGAAGGAACCAUUGAUAUUGCUGCUGAUGAUGCAUAUGAUCUGUUUGUGAAUGGUGUCCAGUUAGGAUCUGCAGAGAAUUGGAGAAAGGCAGAACAAUACACAGUUGACUCUGCACAGAGGGUACAAGUGAUUGCUGUUAAAGGGAUGGACUUAUAUAAGGUUGUAUCUGGGAUAAUCCUCUCCUUCCGUUAUGGUGAUGUCCUUGUGAAUACAGAUAGCAGCUGGAAAUGUUUCUUUGGAACUGUUGAUCCAUCCUGGAAUCAACCUGGAUUUGAUGAUAGUAAUUGGCCCGCAGCAAUAGAAUACAGUACAAACCGUGAUGAUUCCUAUGUGAAAUUAAACAAAGAAGGACAGCCUUGGUGGCCUCUUGUUGACCAAGCAGCAAUAAUGAUUUGGACCAGCAAUAGCUAUAAAGACAGCACAGUUUAUUGCAGGAAAAAUUUGAAAGUAACUGGUACUGCAGAUCCAACGAAAAAAACAACACCAGCACCUACUACACCUAAGCCAACACCUGCGCCCACUACACCUAAGCCAACUACUAAGACAACACCAAAGCCAGCUCCAGCUCCAAAGUGUGGAUACAUUGGACAGUUGCUUGCUGAUAAGGCAGACCCCUGCAGAUUUUACCAAUGUGCCUAUGCUGAUGCCUUUUUGAACCUGAAGGCAGUCAGCAUGCCCUGUGCCCCUGGGACAAGUGUGCCACUCUCAUAUAAUUUUGUGACUGUAUUUGAUGUAGAGAGGCAGACUCUGUGGGCACCACAAUAUCAGGGUAACCUUAUUACAGUAUUAGUAAAAAAGAGACAACAGUUUUUAGACAAUGAACAGGCCUUUGUUGCAUAUAUCCACUGUUUCCUGAUGGAUCUGUCUAUGAAAUCAUUCCUCUACUAUCAUGGAUUCUGUCUCAGUAAAAGUAAUGCUGCCAACAGUCGGCAGAACACUGGAGAAGACUUUGAGACAGAGUCCCUGGAAUUCUUGAACAGAAUUGGCAUUACUGAGGCUGAUGCUAAAAUGGUGCAGAAUUUUGCUGAAGUUGUGAAGUGGCAGCAGACAAUGGAGACAUUCUCAGAUUCACCGACUCCAACACCAACAGUCCAGCUACAAUUCCCACAAUCAACACUUUUCAAAAUGUGACGAGGGCUUUUGAAAUGUGACAUGAAACAAUCAAUCAAGAUGUAACAAGAGCUUUCAAUACAUGAC